AUGAGGCUAACGGCUCUUUUGGCAUACUUGGUUGCGAUGCUCAUGAAUGGCUCUCUUUUAAAUGGAGAAGUGGAAGCAAAGGGGGCAGCAGCAGGGCUGGUGAAUAAAUUCCUCAACAAUCCUGGCGUUAGUAGAGGAGACAUUGAGGAUCCGCCUGACGUAGAAGAAGAAGAAGAGGAGGAGGCCAGCAUCCCGUAUGAGAAAGAUAUGGAAUAUCCCGAUGGCAGCAAAAGUGAUGAAGAAGCAGGUGCCAAACCCAAAGGUCCGACCAACAAAAGUGAUGACAACAACCUUCAAGAGGGGAAUGGGGGGAACUCAGGCACCAAAGGAGCAGUUGAGGGAACAAAUGUUGACACAAAAAGCCCUGCUGUCAAAAGUGAUGAUGAUGGCCUGCAGAAGGAUGACAUCGAAGAUCCCGAAGAUGUAACGGAAGUAACGAAGACCGACACGUGCGUAGACGGUGGAGAGUGUGAGUCCAAUGGAGGUGGCACAGAGGUGUUGGCGGCAUCGUUAAGCACAAACGUUGUUCCAUUGCUGCUCUUAGUUUCCGCGAUGUUAAUGAUGUCAUAA